GGGUCUGUCACCUCGUUGUCCAUCAUCGCCAGGUUCAGGCUCAUCAAAGGCCUCUAUAUCUUCAUCCACGAGCUGUGGCUCUGCAUUGUGAUACGUUUUGUAGAGGCGCACGAUCUCAAGAAAAUAUCGUUGUCAGGAAUCAAUAGAACCCAGCGUGGGGUCGGGCCCUGGAAAUGGCACUGUCUGUGUCCAGUGACUCGGACAAUCACAAUAGUGGAGAUGGAUCAGCUAGCAACGUCUACGACCGACAUCACCAUCAUCAUACUAUCCACAGCCAUAACCCUCAGAUGGACAUAGCUCAAUGGAAUCACGACAACGGUGCUUCACAAGACCAGGAUCAAUUUGAAGCGGGACAUCAUCCUGUUUCCACCGAAUCGUGGACCACCUUUGGCGUUCAAACCGAAAAUCGUGCAAGGGCUGCCAGUAAUCCAAAUCCCAACUCCAGAAGACCGAGUUUGAGACUACAUAUCAACAACCAAUUCCCACCUCAGCAGCAACACCGGUACCAGCAAUUACCCAUGUCAGUCCUUCCACCACCCGUUCUACCGCCUCGGCCAGACUUGAACUUGAAUCAUACCUUGCUGGCAAAGCAUCCUCACCAUUACAUUUCACCACUUCAAAAUGAUCGGAGGUUGCCUCUACCCCAUGUGCCAGCUGUGACGAGUCAUAGGCUACCAGACUUGCAUGCACAGAACAACUCGAGGUCACCCUCACCUCGCAACGCCACCAUCAUCUCAACACCAUCCACUACAGCAUCAGGUUUCGCUACGCCCUCACCUUUCGGUGGCCCCCCGACGAAGGUCGUGAGCACCACCAAUUCAACCCCCUCAACGGGUUCCGCCUCCUCGAAACGGAGUGGUGGGUUUCAGCUUCCAUUUUCAUCACCCGCAGGAUCGUCGUCUUCACCAAAUCUUAAUACCACUUUACCAGUGGUUGAAGAAGUUUUUCUUUCACCGCAACCUCCCGGUUCCGCUAUUGGUGGGUUCAAUAUGAGCGGCGGCGCUGGGAGAAGACCACUACCGGUACCCCCACCGCCUUCAAGGCCUGCUUCAAGGAAUGCAAAUCCCCCCUCCGCAUCGGUUGCUAACCAUACGCCCAUCGGACCGAGGGUUAACUCGCCGCUUCGAAGUGCACCCGCCAGAGCGAUUGAACGUGGAUCUGGACAUACGAGAAGCAGCAGCGAUGUGGAAAGCGGGUCAGAACUUAUGUUCUUGAGUGGAGGAAAGGGAAAAGGUAGAGCUCCUGGAUACAAGAGUUUGGAAGAGCCAGAGCCUCCAGAUCCGGAGAUGCUCCCGUACCAUGCGCGUUCAGAGAAGUGGAAGGGUAAGCAGAAGGUGAGGGACCUUCCGCCCAGUCCCACGUCACCUAGAUCCCCUACAUCACCUAGAGAGAGGAGAAGCCCGGUGUUCAUGAGUUCUGCGUUUCCGACACCAAACGCGAACUCGCACAAUGGCACUGCAACGUCACGGCGAUCUUCAGCUCAUUCACCCUCACUUCCUAGCCUUAACACGACCUACAUACAACAUCAGGAAGCCGUCACGAAUCCAGGUUACAUGUCCAGUGCUGGUCUACCAGUAACCGUUAACACAACCUCUGGAAUACCAUCCGAUAACCUUGGCAUCGAUUUACCUCCCUCACUCACAUACAAAUCACCCAUUUCUGCUAAAUCAACUGUAGCUAGUGGAGGAAUCAGUAAAAGGACAGGCAUCCGCAGGAGCGGGAGUGUCUCGAGUAUCCGGAGCAAUUCUAGUUGGAGGAGUAGUAAAAGUGGACAUUCAGUAUCUGGAUGGGCUGGAAAAGUGUUUGGCGGAGGUAGUGCAAAGCAAGAGCAAUCUCACUCGGCCAACUCGUCCCCUGUCGUCCCCGGAGCUGCAUUUACAACCAGUACCAACGGCAUCUUCAAUUACGACAAUAACUUCAGUACCUAUACACCCUCUUCAGGCAAUGGUUCGAAUCCUGGUACUCCAAGGCAACCACCGACACCCAGAAUACAAAUCCCUACUACCCCAUCAUUUCUUCCACCUCCGCCUCCAUUGCCUGCUGCAUCCCAUACUCAUACGCUUCCAACAAUCAGUUCUCCGGUCGCCACAAAUGCCCGAUCACCUCUACCCCCCCCUCCUGUACCUCCUAUGCAAGGAACUCCAACCCCUCCUGCCACGGUUAUCUCACGUCGUAACACGAAACAUAGAGGGGGAUAUUUUGUGGCGAAUAGAUCCAGCAUGGAGAGUAUCUCCUCCCUGGCAGUCAAAGAACAACCACCCAUGCCUACUCAAGCGAACGGUUCGGUGGACUCGUUUGGGUCCUCUGGAUCUAGUUCUAGUGGAGGGUCCGCGGCUACUGUGGAUGCAAUCUCGCUCGACAAAGAUCAGGAGUCGUAUAUGUUCUAUGAUGGUUCUGGAUCUGGUGGAACGAGCCAAGAUAGCUUGAGCUUGUCGACUGGUUUACGGACGCCUCCCACUCCCACACCCACACUUCCCUCUCUACUAGAAGGGGACAUCGGUCAUGCACAUGCUGGAUACGAUGUUGACGACGAUAGAGUGUACAUUGACGACGGUUAUGACGAUCCUAGUCAUGGACAUGGAGAUUUGGUUGUAUAUCAGGAAGAUAUUGUGGACGACGUUGGUGUGAAUGAGUUGGGAGCGUUUACGGCUGUCCCUGGAAGCCCGGGUGAACGUGAAUUUGAGACUCGAUGGAGCGGGCUGGUAUUGGCAGAUGGGAAGGACGACAGUCCGUUGAGUCCGAUGAUUUAUGCGAGGGAUGAAGAUGACUACUCGGAUCCAGAAGAUUUGGGCGGUGCGAUUUCUUCUGCGAGACAGACACCGAAAGGCAAGAGGACUCCUACAGCUGCAGUAAUUACGGAUGCUUUUGAAGAGUUUGUAUAUGUUUCCGGGGGUGGCAGGGUGUCACGUUCGGCGACCUCUGUUUCGGUCGCUUCGAAGCAAGCUAGUACUAGUCUCGGUCGUUCAGCUCAAUCUCAACCUCCUGUGCCAAUCUUGCCCGGGCAAGUAUUGGACGAUCCGAGCGAUAUACUUGGAGGUGAGGUGGAGAUGGUUUUUGCUGAUCACACAUCACCUAGACGGAGAGAGAGAAGAUCGAGUUAUGUGUUGGGGCUGGGUGGUUUAGAUGACGACUCCGAUGAUGACGAAAGGGAGCUUGUGAAGGGGAAGUGGAGGAGAAAGAAACCGAUUCCGGAAAUUGGUGUGACGAGAGCUGCUAGCGUCGGUGGUUUGAGGAGGUACCAGUCUGAGGAAAGGCUGAUUCAGGGCGGUGUUGAUGACAAAAGAGCACAGACAUUACCUGCUCAUUCCGUCGAGCCGGUAAGAUUGUCGCCAAAUCGUUAUGUGGAACCAGAGCCUCUUGCGUCAGCCGAGUUCAGCCAUCGCUCAAGGUCUCAUCAAGGACAUUCAUCGAUAUCUAUUCCUCGUAAUAUCAGCCGCAACUCGAGCAACACUCUUCCACCCCAUGUGCUCAACUACGAUUACGCGGUCUCGGCUGGCGCUGGUGGUACCUUCAUUGGCGUUGGUGGACUACCUGCACAGUAUCCUUUCCUUUCCACCCAGAGUGCAGAGACCGAUUCAAGAGCGCAAAAGGAAGCUGAGAGAGACAGAGACCGAGACCGAGACGAGAGGUAUAGUAUUCGGUCUACGCGUUCUUCACGCAAAACGAAAUCCGGUGCAAGUACGAAGAGGGGAGUGUCGGUGCCCACUCCGGAUCAGUUCAAGGAAAUCCCAAAGGAGCAUGUCAGAAAGCAACUCGAUAGCCUCGCGCCGAAGCAAGUGAGCUAUGACCUUUGGGUUGGGAGAGGACUUGCUCCGCCUCCUCCUGAGAAGAAGAAAAAUGUUCUGACCAAAGCUCAGAUUUAAUUUAUUUUCUUGCAAGUACAUAUUUGAAAUGUGAGUCUACCUCACGGAUAUCUCUUUUUUAUAGGCUCAAAUCGUACAUAGGUUCCUUGUUUUGUUCUCCGUUGGUGGACGAGUUCUUGUCAUUUUCUAUUACAAUACCUAUCUAUUCUGCAUAUCGAAAUCAAGUUGCAUCUAUUAUUUGUGCCUCAAUAAUCCACACUCACUGUGCGUAUCUUGCAUCAUGUAUUUUUACAUGGUUCUGCCGACUCUUUGUUUCGCCUCACUUCACCAUGAACACCUGAACUCGCAAUACAUACCCCCCAGUUCUGGGUCUUGAUUUGUAGAUAUGUAGCCUUGUACCACUGGUUUUUUUUUCUAGUUUGUUACUUUGUGAUAAUUUAUGAGUUUCGUAAACCGUUGCAGGUCUCCAUAUUAUUAUCAAUGAUAGAUAGAUAGAUAGAUAGAUAGAUUACG